GAAACUAAGGACAAUGAUGCAAAAAUUCGUUGCGGUCAAGCUAGUUGGUCGUUGCAAUUUGUAAUCACCUAUCUCUCAUACAGCGAACCAUGAAGGCCUACCUCUUUCGGACUUUUUCCCUGCUCGUGGAAAAGCGGACUAUCGUAUUCGUUUGGAGGAGACUGAGGUAACGAGGAAGGAUAAGGCUGUCUUCCAUCGAGAAGCCUUUGCUUACCGCCAUCUUCCUCCAUGUUUAUUUCGAAAUUUUAACGAACUUAUCCGAGAGGUUCCGGACAUUUUCGGAUAAUUCUCGUGCUCAGAUGACAGAUCGAACACGCCAAAAAAAUAAUCCAAAAUGGAUUCAACCGAAGCAGCACCUUUGUACCACGAGAUUUCCCCUUUAACGAAGUUAAUGUUAAGGGCUCUUGCCAUAGUCACAGCAGUAAUCGUACUGAUUACACUCAUCCUUAGCUUUGUGAAAGCCUCUCAGGACUCCAUGAAUUACCUUAUAGUUGUUAACAUGCUAAUUAGUAGAGUAAUUGGAGGAAUUAUUACUUGGUGGUAUCACAAAGGAGUUAUUGAGGCCAAGAAAAUAGCUUUUAUGGCAUUUGUAGGCAUUUGUAUCAUUUUUCAGGCCAUUAUCUCGGAUGUAUAUGUUUACAAAAAGGUCGAAACCCAGGCACCGACUGUCAUUGCUCCAACACCCGCUACCUUGCAUCCUAGCAGUGUUGUUUCGCCGACCCGUUGAAUACAGAGCAGCAAAGAAAGGAUGUUUCAGGAUCAAAUGCCAUUAACGUUUAUGUAUUUAUUGGGUCAUGAGGGAUGAACUUAUAAUCAUGUGAGAAGGAUGGAAAUUGGUUCUUUUUAGUGGCACAGUUAAGAUUCUCUGCCACUGUGUUUGCCACUUGAUCAUUUUCGAAAGACUGUACAUGCAUCCAUUUUAAUAUCGUUAUCUCAUGGGAAAAAAUAACAAUAACACGUUCUUGAAAUUUUAGUUUGUUGCUCAGUUAAAUCUUUAACUGAUUCUAGAGAGUAAUAAAACGUAGUUGAUUGAAGUGCAAGUGAAA